GGUAGCUAACUCCGAGAGCCGCGGUCAUGUUAGCCUGCGCCGCAGUGACGAUGUACGGUCAGAUUAUUUACCCUGCAAGGCAAGCGACUAUUUAGCUGGCGUCAAAUUGGAACAUAUUGACUUAUUAAUAUGUUUUAAAUACAAGGAUAACUCAAGCAUUUAUCGAUAAAGCGAGGGAGUCAAACGCUCGAAGAUGGAGGAAUCUGAGAGCAGUGCUGUGGGCCGGGUGACAGUGUACUCCAUCCAGGGCUGCCCUCACUGUGUGCAGGCCAAGGCCACCCUGGGGCGUUUGGGUGUACCAGUAUGUGAUGUGGAUGUGGGAAGGCAUCCAGAGUUAAGAGCUAGAGUAAAGGAGCUGACAGGACGCAGCACUGUCCCACAGAUCUUCUUUAAUAGCGUUCAUGUUGGGGGAAAUGAUGACCUGCAGAAAAUGGCUCCUACGGAGCUUCAGAGAUUGGUGAGUUUGGUCAAAGAGCAGCCUCUCUCAGCAGAUGCUCCACCGUUACCGAUGGAAGACCAGUCAGAGGACACAGCAGGGGAGUCUGAUGGAGCGUUUAGUUGUGAGAGGGAUGAGUUGGCGGACGUGGUAGAGGACCUGAAACAUGGCAGUGUGAUUGGCAGUCAUAGGAGGGGGCUGACUUUGUACAAAAAGACUUUCUCAGGUGAUCAACUGGUUGACUGGCUCCAGAAAGAAAAGGGCAUGGCCCGGGAUCAGGCUUUUAAAACUGGCCAGGCAUUGUUGCAGAAGAAGUACAUGGUCAUUGUGCGUGGCUGUGGGCAGCAGGAUGGCAGUUUUGCAGAGGGGAAAGACACCGGGGACACACUGUACAGGCUGCUGGAGGAUGACCCUCACUCAGCCCUCAACACAGGACAGACAGCAGCCUGCAGCCCCAUCCAGGCGGCUGAACUCUCUUUGCUUUUACGGGAUAUGAUUCUGAAACUGUUCUCCGAGCAUCUCUCCGCCGAUGGCAAGUCUGUAGACUACAAAGGUAUGUCGGCGAACCCUGUGUUCGAGCGCUACUGUGACCUGGCCAUUCAGCUGCAGAGGGUGGAGCUUCUGUCUCUGAGCCGGGAGGAGAAACUGGCCUUCUUCAUCAACACCUACAACGCCUUGGUCAUCCACGGAUACCUCCGGCUGGGAGCCCCCACCAACAUGUGGCAACGAUACCGAUUCUUCAACUAUGUGAGUUAUCUGAUCGGAGGAGAGGUGUUCACCUUACAGGACAUUGAAAACGGUGUUCUGAGAGGGAACAGAAAAGGCGUGGCACAGCUUCGAAGACCCUUCUCUAAGACAGACCCACGACUACAGGUGGCACUUCCAGAUGCUGAGCCUCUCAUUCAUUUUGCCUUGAACUGCGGAGCAAAGGGCUGCCCCCCGAUUAAAACCUACACCCCACAGGAUAUUGACAGCCAGCUCCGUACCGCAGCUGAAGCCUUCCUAGAGAACGACGAUGGCUGUGUGGUGGAUUCUGGGAAAAAAGAAGUGCGACUCAGUCAGAUUUUCAAGUGGUACAAGGCUGAUUUUGGAGGCACCGACGAGAAGCUGUUGAACUGGGUGCUAGAACACAUGGGCGACUCUCCCAAGAAGACCAGCUUGAGGGGCGUUCUCUCCGCUGGGAAGACCAAAGUCAGCUACCUCCCCUACGACUGGAGUAGUAACAGUGUUCACUGAGCACACGUACGCACAAACCCAAACACGACCAGCUUCGCACAUCGUCCCUCUGCAUCUGUUUACCGUCAAGUGGACCGCAUCCACUUUAAAACCUGAUGGAUGACGAGCUCGCCCAAACGCAGUCAAGCGGCACUCAACCAUGCAAAUGUCUUUAUGCAAUUCCACAGUAAAUCGUAAAAUAGCGGUGAGAGGGGCACGUUUGCACUGUAACAUACAUCUCUUUUAUGCUUAACUAACUGUAGUCAUAUCACAUCUACCCUAUAUUUCAACAGUGAAUAUGAGUUAAAGUUACUGGAGGACCCAACAAAACGCAGUAAAUGUUUCCAGAUAUUAUGAUAAAUUGUUUCAUAAAUACAGCAUCUCUCUCUUUUACAGCAACUCAGGAGGCAGGUUUUUCUGUCCAGUUACUAAUCGAUGGCAUUAUUAAUCAGACCAGACAGACGUGAUGCCUUAACAAGCCAUACUGAAGUCUUCCACAACUGAUCGAUCACAUUUUUAACACAAUCCAGAUUCUCUACGUAAAGAAAUAUAAAUAUUAACCCAUAAAGACCCAGCGCUACUUUUAUGUCAGUUCCCAAAUGGAAUUUUCUCUAUAUCUAACCAUUCUU